AUGGGCGGCAAAUCUGCUUUCGAGGGAGUCAACAGCCAACCACCCGCGGCCCAGCAGAAGAACCUGGAAGCCUUCCUCCAGGAGCAGAAAGACAUUCCGCAUUCUCUUCCAUCUUCGCCCGACUUUGCCAAGUUGACCAACAUAGGGCUCUUGACGAAUAAUAGCAUACCCUGGGCUGUUGUUCGCCCAGGAAAUGCUCUACAAGUCUCCAGGCUUGUGGUGUAUCUUGUUGCUAACCGUAUUCCCUUCACUGUACGAUCAGGCGGCAAUAACUUUUUCGGGAAGUCUCAGAUCAAUAACUCUGUCUGUAUCGACUUGCGUUCCAUCUCCUUUUGCGAAGUAAACGAUGGUGGAAAGACGGCCCGAAUCGGAGGUGGUAUUCUCUUUGAGAAGCUCAUUGGCGAUUUGCAGAGCAAAGGGUACUCAGCUGUAACGGGCAUGGUGCCUCCUAUUGGGUUUGUUGGGUGGUCUUGCUAUGGAGGAUAUGGACCCUUUGCCUGGCUUCAUGGCCUGGGGCAUGAGUCAAUUCUUGGAGCCAAAGUUGUAGAUUGGCGCGGUCAUAUCAUAGACGCCGACGCCGACCUCCUCAAAGGAAUUCGAGGAGCUGGAGGUGGCUUUGGGCUCCUCUCUGGGCAUGUGAUCUUUGACGAGUCAAACACAAAGAACACAGUGGCCAAUAUCUGUCGUGAGACGGAACGUCAGCUCUUGCGAGAUCCAGCAGAAAGUCUUUACAUGGCACCCUUGUUCAUCGUCACGCCCCUGGGCAAAGCACCCUUCUGUCAAGUAAUGUGGCUCCACGAAGAUCAGGAGCAAGGCAAAAGGGAAAUUGAAAAGAUCGCACAGCUGGGCCCGUUUGUUCACACGACAGUGAGAAAUACAACGCACUUGGGCGCUAUAGACGACUUCAGAGACAGCUUUGCCAUGCCUGGGAUGAUUGGGAACGUUGGUACCAUCAGCGUCUUGUCAUUGACAGAAGAGGUCAUCGACGUGAUUGCGCACCAUGUCGAUAUCAUGCCCAAUGAGGUUGGUCUGGGUUUCGCGAUUCACAGCACCAGAGAGGCAGCUCAGGCAUCUUGUUUUCCCGCAACAGAGCGCCAUUUCAUGCUUGAAUUUCUCGGUUGCGUUGACUCGGAGGAAAAGGUCAAGAGGACUGAUAAAUGGCUCAAGGACUUUAUGGAGGCCAUCAGAGGAACCAACCAGGCCAGCAUUCUUCCCAGUACCUAUGUCAACUUAACGGCUCCAGGUCAAAACACGUUGAGAGGGGCAUAUGGGCCAAACUAUGGCUUUCUCUCGAGCCUCAAGAAAAAGUACGACCCACACGGUGUAUUCAAUACUGCUCUCCCGUUUGUAACAUUGGCCUCAGAGGAAGAGUUAUUGUUUAGUAAGAUGAUCAGGAUUUAG